UGUAGGAAGGAAAUUUUCAGUUCUUUGGGUUUCAAAGAUGAUGAUAUAACAAAAUUUGCUUUGCUUGGACAAGGACUAUAUUUAAAGCAUGCACGCAAGACAGAAUGUACCAUGUCAGGCCCGGAGAUAAGGAUUCUUGCAAAACUAGCCAUAUAUAAAGUGUUGGUGUGCAGAGUUAAAACAUUUCGAGAAUUGUGGCCAGAUUGGAAAGAGACAGUGCCAAAAUUGCUCAGUGCACAGUCUGUCAAUACCAAAUCUGCUUCAAAACAAACUGGCAAGAUAAAAAAAGAUAAUGUACAGAACUCCAACAGUCAUAUUACUGGUAAAGUUCUGGCAAACAAAACAAAAUCAAAAAUCAAGAAAAAAUCUAAAAGUAGUGCAGAUAAGACUGUCUUCAAAGAUGUUGGUGGAAGUAACAGAAAAGAUAAUGGAGACAAACUUGUAUCACGGGUGGUUCAUAAUGACUGUAAUUCUAUGCAUAGUUCAGAAGAGGUCCUAGCAGGAAAUACAAGAAAUCUUAACUUUGCUCAACGUAGUAAGCAAAAGACAAAAAAAGAUCCAAAGCUCAGAGUAGGUAAGGUAGGUACCACUGGGCCAAAAAAAAGAAAGAUCUCUCCAGAAGUAAUCAAGGGAAGUGAUGCAGUAGUUGGAAAUACCAGGACCAGCACACAGGACAAGAAUGGCAGGUGGCAAUCCAAGAUGAAGAGCAACAAACCAGAAAUGAAGGCAGCACCUCUAGACAGUGUAGCCCAGCCGGUUUUCAGCAGAGCGAAGAACGAGCUGUUCCCUACUUCUUUAACUCCAGCCGUAACAAAAGACCCUUUCUUCGUGGAAGCCAAGGGCAGUGCACCGGUUGAAAGCACAGUGAUGUUUGAGCCACGGGUUGCCAAUUGCAUCUACGGUGACGGCUCUAACAGGGCGGAGAGGAGAAAGUUUGCUGUGCGUACUUCCGGUGCCAACAAUAAAAGUUUCAAAGUUGACAGAAGAGAUGUGUUUAAGGAAACUAAAAAAACCUCUGACUUUGGCUAUAACAACAUUAAAAAGGCUAGGCAACAAGUUGCAGCCACAAAAUCUGGGCUCCAUCCAUCCUGGGAAGCAAAGAAACGUAUUCAAGAUCAACAAAAGUUGACUGUUCCCUUCCAAGGCAAAAAAAUAAAAUUCAGUGAUGAUGACUAAGUUUAAAUUGUACAGGGAGUAAAUAAAAACAAUUUAUUAAUA